GCUGGCUAAUCUCACAGUGCAUGUGGAUAAACCUGUUCUCAGGUAUUCAGUCACAGUAAGUAAAAGCAAAUCUCAGUUGACUGUAAGAAACCUUCGCUGAGGUUCUGGUGUGAGGAAUAUGAACUGGCUGAUUAGGACUGUUACUCUGCUGUGGUCACUGGCACUGACCACAGGAGAUGACACUGUUACCUGUCUCUUCUCCCAAGAAUGUGUGCUUCCCUGCAAGUCUGAUUAUCGUGAAGUCAUCCACUGGCAAAAAGUGGACGGUCAGACGACAUUAAAUGUACAUUCGUUCUACAGUGGUACUGAUCAACUGAAAUACCAGGAUGGAGCCUAUAAAGGAAGGACGUUUCUGUUCUCUGAUCAGGUCUCUAAGGGAAACAUGUCUCUGAUCCUGAAAGGGGUCAGGACCCAGGACAGGGGCAGAUAUAAGUGCUAUACCGCCAUCAGUUCUGCCAACAAGGAAGCUUUUGUCUUUAUAAACGUGGAGGCCCCAAUCAAAUCAGUGGAUAUAAAAAUAACAGAUGAUGGAAUUACCUGCAACACAAGUGAAGUUUACCCAAAACCAAUCAUCUCAUGGACAACUGAUGGGACCUCACAAGACACGUUCACUGAAGACAGCAGAGGCCUGUUCUCAUUGACCAGCACUCUCCCAGCUAAGCCAGUCCAGAAUAACCACCUAUACACCUGCUCCAUUAUCCCUGAGGACAGGACUCAAACAUACACAGCCAGCCUGAAGCAAGAGAAAAUUGAAAUUGAUUUAGGACAGGACAUAACAGUCCAUUGUCCAGGAUCUCAGGGAGAAACUGGAAACUUCACCCUCACCUUGACCUUUGAUGGCUCGUCUACUGUUCUGAGCUACAACAGCCAAACGUCACAGCCAGCCGACAUUAAGGAGUGGAAUGGUAUAGAAGUGAAACUGACCAGUGAAGGAAACAUCGCACUGCACAAACUGGACAGUGAGAAACAUGAAGGAACAUAUACUUGUGAGAAGACGUCUACCCAAUCCAGACAGCUUAUACAGACCUCAGUGCAAAUCAGAACAGCAUCCAAGGUUGGCACCAUUAUUGCUGCUGUCCUUGUUCCUGUUGCUGUCAUUGUUAUUGUUGUUGUUGUCACAAUAUGUCUCAUCAGAAAAUGUUGUAAUGCAAGACAAGAGAAAACAAAGGUGAAGUACGGAAAAGCAAGCAAAAACGAAAGCAACAACUAACCAAAAGAGUGCUGCUAGGGAAGGAUAAAAAUGGACAGACUGAUAACUGAAUCUUUUCCUAUGCACUGUGUGGAUCUGAGCUGAUGGAACUACUAGUGAUCUACUGAUCAACCUCUGUCAGCUGUGCUUUAAAUGUGAGUACGCCAACCGGACCCAAACCAAGGUACAGUGAUUUUAGUGUCAUGCAACUGCAUUCAGCGAGGUCAGGAGGCCAUAAACAGCCAGCCAUGUGUUGUGCAGCACAUCUACAAACGUCCAUUUCUAUUUAUAAUGUGUCAUUAAUACAUGUCUGAACAAAACUGAAGCACCUAAUGAGGCUGUUUGUUCAGUGGGAUAUGAGAUACAAUACCACCAUGUCCUGUCUAUUUACUACUGAUAAAAUGACCUGCUUUGGGCUGAGAACUACUAAGGUUCCACUUAUGGAUUUUCACUUUCAACUCAGGCUGGCUGGCCUAGUAUUUUCUAGGACUUUCCAUUACUUUUCUUGGAAUGACUUAAAAACAGUCACAAGCCUCAUACUGAUCUUUGAACUGCAAUCACUCUGUUUAUGUGACAGGACGGAUGGGUAGUAUAUGGUGCUCAAAAGUAGCCUGGGGACAUUCUCUGAAUAUAAUUUAUAUCUUGUUUAUUUAUUACUUAAGACAAAUGUAUUAUUUAUUCAUUCGUAUCCAAAAGUUAUAACAAGCAGCAACAAUAACCAGGUUUACUAACUGACCCUCAAAAUGAUACCAGGAACAUAAUGAGAACCUAAAUAAGGGAAUUAAAGGACUGAAACACUAGCAGGAUAAACGUUAGUGUCUCUGUCCUUUAUUUAGGUCAGUAUUUAAAAUGUUAUUCAGGUCAGUCAUUUGGUUUUCUUUUGGAUGACUUUAAUCUUCUAGACAGUGAGUAAGUUUGCACAACUGAUGCUCAGCCAGGCUUGUUUGAUGAUGUUGUUUGGAUGGCCAGAGCAUGCCAGGUUUUGGGCACUUCUAGACUUGAGUACAUUGUGAUGGUCUGGCAGAAAAGACAUGUGGGUAUUUUUCAGGUUAGAGUACAAAAGGAGGUGUUUAUUGAAUCCCAGCGCUCCAAAUGACAAAUGCAAAUUUAUCCACAUGAUGAAGCUAGAGGCUCCAGCUCAUCACCAUCAUGACGUAAAUGUACAUACCUCUUGAUGUGGUCUGUUGAGACUUCUGGGGGAACGGCUGGCUCGGUCAUCAUCCUCUUUUAUACAUGUUGUAAGAGCCCACAACCACAUGGAGAAAGGGGGUUGAUCCUGUCGUCAGCAAACCUGAAAAAGGAAGAAGGACAUUGUUACUGCAAACCAUGUAAAAGUAUACUUACCCGCGGAACGUGUACAGGCCUAAUGACAUGUCGGUUUUAAACCGGGUGCUGAGUAAUCACCUGAAUAUUGUUAUAUGUGUGCUGAGCACCUACCCCUUUGUGUUAACUGGUUUGACCAGGGGCGGGUCUUUUCUUCUUUUUGUUUUUGUACUUCACAUCAGGGCAGCACGGUGGCGCAGUGGGUAGCACUGUUGCCUCACAGCAAGAAGGGCCUGGGUUCGAUUCCCAGGUCAUUUCUGUGUGGAGUUUGCCUGUUUUCCCCAUGUCUGCGUGGGUUUUCUUCCAGGUACUCCGGUUUCCUCCCACAGUCCAAAGACAUGCAGUUAAGCUAAUUGGACACGCUAAAUUGCCCCUAGGUGUAAAUGUAUAUGUCUGUCUGUCUGCCCUGCGAUGGACUGGCGACCUGUCCGGGGUGUAUCCUGCCUUCUGCCCAAUGACAGCUGGAUAGGCUCCAGCACCCCACCGCGACCCAGAAGGAUAAGUGGUUUAGAUAAUGUAUGUACUUCACUUCAUAAAAAUCGCUAUAUUUGCACUUAACUUUGGAGUUCCAGUCCCUUAUUUUGGCAAACCCCAGCUUCCCGGCCAACCACUCGACCAGGCUUGAAUCCAAGAAUUACCCAACAUCACAGUCCAGUGCAUAAAAAAGGAAGCUUAUUAUUUACAAAUAGAUACAAGUUGACAAAAAUAGUCCACUAUUCAAUCACAAAAUCAGCAUUUUUUCCCUCUUCUGGAUCAUCUUAGAAUGUUCUGUACUUUUCUUAUGCCUCUCUAUCAGCAUCAAGGUACAAAACCUUGACAUUUAGAGGGGCCAGUUUGGGCCAGUUGAGGGUGAAUACAUCCUCUAUAAUCAUUGGUUUGCUCCCGUUUUUUGUUGGGAGAACGGACAAAAUGGUGAUUUGUUAACAUCUUUGUACGAAGAUGUCUUAAAACAAACCUUCUCCUAAAAAGCACAGAACUGUGUCUAGUUUCUUCUCAAUAACAAACAUAAUGACUCCAGAAGUCAACAAAAAAACACAUUUAGUCAAGCUCUCUACAAGACUAACUCACUGCCCCCCUCAACAUUUUUCAUUGUUGAUUUAGGAAUUUUCAGCAGAUCUGCAGUCUUUCUCACAGACAUUUUAUUACAAAGGAGACAAUUUUUGUGAGAUUAAUUCUCAAAAAGCUCAGUGUUCAAGUUUUCUUAGUUUUCAAACAUUCUUUAUCUUUCAGAACAUUAAAAUUUAGAGUCAGGUAUGUCAAAGUCAAAAAUAAAGCUGAAUAUGAAACACCAUUUUCACAGUACAUUAACAAGUUAAAUAAUGAUCACAGACGUGUCCCCAAACUACUUUUGAGCACUGUAUUAACCCCAAAAUGAGCUAAAGUUACAUUCCCCUGUAUAACAUGUCCAAAUCAUGCACUUUUUCCAUUACUGCUCCCUGCUCCACAUGGCAGCCGAACAAGAAAUGGAGUUCAUUUGGCCCGGAGCAAAACUGAGAGUGAGGAGCAGAACUGAGUUUGCACUAGAAUGCAUUAUAACUACUAAUGAAGGAUAUAUGUGUUUAUCUCAUGAAGGAAAUCAACUCUUGUACAAUCUCUAUUAUCACAUUCCAUCACUGGGCUUGUCACGAACCUCUACAUUAAAACUGAAACUAUGCAGUUACUGGAUACUGACAGCAAAACAAGUCAACAGAGAACAGCUGUACCUUGGACUUUCAAGUCAGCCAUGACCAGUAAUCCACACUCAACAUGCAGGUUCAGAAGACAAUCAAACACAGCAUUGCACACUACUAAGUCACAGGUAGCUGAGUCACUUUUGUUAAUGUGUUUUACAGGAUACACACCCAAACACACUGUAAUGCUGUCUCUCCACUGUAACAAAUACACAGCACUUCCUAUUAUAACUGAGUGUCAAGAAAAUGCUUGUGACUCAACUCAAUAACUACCUUAAGAUCUAAAUUAGAUCUGACAUCAAGCAAGAAAAUAAUCCGUAAAAAUCCUCAAGUUGGCACUAAAUCCAGAAAUUCUUUUUUCACUUGUGAGUGGCAUAAAUCUUUUAUACCAGAUUCCUGUAGGAAAGAAAUAAAGAACAGAAACAUAACCUUAAAGAUGCAUCUCGGAUGUCUAAAUUAAAAGCUGCUUAUAUCUAGGAUUCAAUGAGGUCUUGAUUUUAGCCCAUCCUUAUAGGUUUAUAUAACUCUAGAGGGUCAUUUAGUGUCAAGCUGUAUGCAUUCUUUGUUUAACAUACUGUUCUUAUAUUAUUGUGUUAUUUGUUUAUAUUUUGUAUUUGUUUUUCAUCAACUGUUUGAUAUUUUGAUUUAUGCAAUAUUUGAAAGUUAUUAUGUAUAAGCAACGUCAUUUGGCUGAUCAUGUACUGCCAUUUACAGUCAUAUGCAAACCUUUAGGUUAAAUCACAUGUUGGUUGAUUUUUUGAAGUGAAAUAUGUAAACAUCCUCUACAGUGAUUUUUAUUUUUUAAUACUGUUUAUUACUUUAAAAUAAACAUUUUUAAAUUCAA